CCUCAGCUUGACGAUUAAUGAGUCAUUAUCUAAAUUUAGAAUUUGGAAAUACCUUUAAACUAUAAAUAUACGUACACUUAUAAAGAAGCAAAUUGAGCUGAGAGUACGGAGUCCAAAGCGGAACGUUGAACUAUGUCAGAGAGAUCCGAUUCGUUAUUAAAGACCCCAAAGAGCAGCUUCAAACAGUUAGAUGAAAUAGCACAGAAAACCCGAGUAACGAUCCUAAGUCAAAUUGAGUCACAUCCGGAGGGAUUUUUAGCCACUUUGACGUUAGGAGACGUUAAAUACACUGGAAUCGGAAGUAAUAAAACUUCCGCUAAGGACAAGGCGGCGGCGGAGGCCUUAGAAGAAUGGAAAGACAAAGCAACCCCAGAGAAGAAAGUGGAGAAAACACCCGCCACAAGAAUCAACGAACUAUGUCAACAAAACAUCGAGAUAAAACAGAGAUAUGAGGAACUUGAAAAGGAUGGAGAUGAUUUUGUGUGCAAACUUGUAAUGACCCUGGACAAUAGAGAAAAUAUGGAAGAACAUAUAGGGAGGGGGAGAUCGAAAAAAGAAGCCAAACAAAAUGCUGCCUCCUGCGGUCUACAGAAGAGUCACAUACUUCAGCCUUUUACAGGAGGACCAGGUAUUCCGACAGAAGGGCGAUGUUAUGAGUGUAAGCCUAAACAGACUGGUUACGUUCUCGUUGUGUAUUUCAGCAGAAACAGAGACUGGGCAGAUAUUGAUGUAAAUAAUAUCAAAGGCUUCAUGGAAAGCAAGUUAAAAUUUGAAUGUGAUGUGGUUAAAGAUCCAACAAAAGGGGAGCUAACUGAAGUACUGGAAUCGACCUCGAGGCAUCUGAACGAUCAUGCAAAUGCCUAUUACUGUUUCACAUUUUUUCUGAUGGGCCACGGAAGUCAGUUUGGAGUGAGAACUGCUGAUAAAGGAAAAAAGAAAAUGACGAUAACCGUCGAAGAAAUUUUAAAUUACUUUAAGAACGAUAAAGUGUCCAAUUUUACAGGUAAACCUAAAGUGUUUUUCCUUCAAUGUUGUCGAGGCGAGUUACACCAGGAUACAGUGGUACAGCCUGACAGUGAUGACGAGGACAGCGAUAAACUAAGAGUGCCAGCCGAUGGAGAUAUCCUCAUCGCUCACGCCACCACAGAAGGAUACAAGGCUUAUCGUUAUAAAGACUUUGGGUCUAUCUUCAUCUAUAACUGUAUCAAAACAUUUGAAACGAACUACACUACCACACAUCUAGAGGAAAUGCUGAUUGACGUGAAAGCAGUCAUCGCAUUAGACCCAAGAUGGAGGCGGACAAAAGAACAUUCUCAGAUGCCUUGUCAUUGGAGCACUUUGACAAAAAAGUUUAUGUUGAUACCUGCUGAUCGCUGAAAUUUUUACACUGUAUUUACCGACUUCUAAGAUUUGUAUUACAUUUUGUAUUUUGCACAUGAACAAUUAUUAUAUUUUGAUAAAUAUUUAAUAUAUAUAUGUAUAUAUAUAUAUUUAAUUAAAUUAUUAUCUAAUAUACUUUUUAUGAUGAAUAAAAAAAUGUGUAUUUAUA